AUUGGGGAGCGGGGGCUUAAUCUGUCAGGGGGACAGAAGCAGAGGAUCAGCCUGGCCAGAGCAGUCUACUCCAACAAGGACAUCUUCCUCCUUGACGAUCCUUUAUCUGCUGUUGACGCUCAUGUGGGGAAACAUAUUUUUGAAGAAUGCAUAAAGAAGGAACUCCAAGGAAAAUCUGUCAUACUGGUUACACACCAGCUCCAGUAUUUGGAGUUCUGUGAUGACAUCCUGGUUCUGGAUGACGGGGAGAUCAGGGAGGCCGGAAACCACCAAACCUUGAUGAACGCCAGCGGACGCUAUGCUCAGCUCAUCACCAAUUACCAGAUGGAACAGUCCAAAACUCAGAAUGAGGAGGGAGAGGAAGAGGAGGAUUUAUCAUCCCAAGAUGCCCCUGAGUUGAAAGAGGUUGAGCUCAGAUAUCGUGCAGACAGUGGGAUGGCAAACCCUGCAUUUGACAUGUCAGAUGAAAAGGAUCAUGAAACAACAGCUGAGCAAAAGCCUCCUGUCAAGUCUGAUGACCAGCUGGUCCAUCAAGAGUCCUCCACAGAGGGUGCUGUCUCCUUAAGAACCUACCACCGGUACUGUCAAGCAGCUGGAGGCUACAUUCUCGUCUUUCUCACUGUCCUGAACAUUGUCCUGAUGAUUGGAUCCACAGCCUUCAGCAACUGGUGGCUCAGCUUCUGGCUUGGAAAGGGUAAUGGGUCAUCGACUAACCCAGGUUCAGAUCCAGGUGACAUCUCAAAAAAUCCAGACCUGCACUAUUACCAAACGAUUUAUGGUGUGAUGAUGCUCAUCAUGGUGGUACUUGCCCUCAUCAAAUGCUUCUUUUAUACUUACGUCACCUUGAGGGCCUCCUGCAAACUCCACAACACAAUGUUCAAGAAGAUUUUUGGCAGUCCAAUGAGUUUCUUUGACACAACUCCAACAGGCCGAAUUCUAAACCGUUUCUCUAAAGAUCAAGAGGAGGUGGACACUGUGCUUCCUCUUGUCAUGGAUUCUUUCCUGCAGUAUUGUCUUCUCGUCACAUUCACAAUUAUCAUCAUCGCAUCCGUUUUUCCAUACAUGCUUGUGGCUGUAGUCAUCAUGGGAGCUUUGUUUACCCUCAUUCUGUUCCUAUUCCAAAGGGGUAUUCGUCUUAUGAAGAAGAUGGAAAAUAUCAGCCGUUCUCCCUGUAUCUCACUAACGACUUCUACACUGCAGGGCCUCAGCACCAUCCAUGCUUACAACACAAGAAACAGUCACAUAGAAAUGUUCAAGUCCCUGAAUGACAUCAACUCCAAUCACUUUUUAUUGUUUCAUUCUGGCACCCGGUGGCUUUCUUUCUGGCUGGACUUCAUGGCUGCUAUUAUGACCUUGUUGGUGUCUCUGUUUGUAGUGCUUAGCAGUAAUGACUUUAUCGCUCCAUCCUUGAAAGGCCUGGCCAUAACCUAUACCAUACAGUUGACAGGCAUGCUUCAAUAUGUAGUAAGACUGUCAACGGAAGUGGAAGCAAGGUUCAACUCAGUGGAGCGACUGCAGGAAUACAUCAUGGAUUGUAAAUCUGAGGCCCCCAGGCAUGUUAAAGAGGCUCAGAUCCCACAGGACUGGCCUAGCAAUGGGGGCGUCUCCUUCAAAGACUAUAAGAUGAGGUACAGAGAGAAUACACCAAUCAUCCUAAACGGCCUUGAUUUCCACAUUCAACCUGGAGAGAAGCUGGGGAUCGUGGGAAGGACUGGCUCUGGGAAAUCCUCUUUAGGAGUAGCUCUAUUCAGACUAGUAGAGCCUGCAGCAGGAACCAUAAAGAUAGACGGAGUUGAUAUUAUGUCCAUUGGCCUGCAGGAUUUGCGCAGCAAGUUGUCCAUCAUCCCUCAGGACCCUGUGCUGUUCAUCGGUACAGUAAGGUACAACCUAGACCCGUUUAAUAACUACACUGAUGAGGAGAUUUGGGCAGCACUGGAGAAGACCUAUAUAAAGGACUCAAUCUCCAAGCUGGAAGAAAGGCUACAGGCACCAGUGUUGGAAAAUGGAGAGAACUUCUCUGUUGGUGAGAGACAACUGAUGUGUAUGGCUAGGGCUCUACUCCGUAACUCCAAGAUUAUUCUUUUAGACGAAGCCACAGCAUCCAUCGAUUCAGAAACAGAUGCUCUCAUUCAAAACACCAUCAAAGAGGCCUUUAAAGACUGCACCAUGCUCACCAUAGCGCAUCGCAUCAACACUGUUAUGCAUGCAGAUCGUAUUCUGGUCAUGGACAAUGGACAGGUGGCAGAAUUAGACCAUCCAGAUGUGCUGAAGCAACGGCCAGACUCUCUGUUCUCAUCACUCCUGACAGCUGCUAAUACAGUAAACUCCUGAACAGAAGGACAACCAAAAAACUGCUGCAUAGUAGUCACUGGGCAUGUUCAUAACAGUUAUCCAUAUACACAGCCAUAUCGAAGUCUUUACUGUGAUACUACACUCUUUUCUGGUGUGCUUGUAUGAGAUGUAACUGAGCAGCAGAGAUGGAAACUGAUAACAGUGCAGGAAAGACAACAUAACUAUUUACAAAGUUCAAAAACUAUGCAUUUAUCUCUCCUGUCUGCUGAUACAAAACAAUGAGCACUGUACUUUACUGGGUUUCUCUUCAUAUUUCGAAUGAGAUGACUUCUUAUGCACGUUAUAGUUUAAUUAUGUUAUGUAUUUGCCAAGUCUUUCUUUGCUGCUAUUAAAUGUAAUUUAAAUCCUGUUUUUUUUAUUUCAUUGUUUUUUU